ACGCUCUCUGACGACAGUCUCCUCCCCAACUUCUUUCAAUAUGGUGUUCAAUCACCGUCUUUAAGGCCCGUCAAUGCUAAGUUACGAUUUAAAUAUCGUUCAUGCUUGUUCUUGAAGGCGUGGAGCGGUCUACUUCCAGGGACACAGGCAAUCCGAUAUUCGCCUGUUUUGCUGCCAAGUAGGAAGACAAACAACAUCAUUUAAGCUGCGCGCCGAGUGAACUGAGGCUUGGGUCACCCCUCCCGUGUCAGUUCAGCAAAAAGGUGGAUCUGACUGCUGCACCUUGACCCUCUUGUUGCAGUGACGGAAGGACUCAUGGCUGGAGAGGCUACCACCGCCAAUUAUUCCCCCGACCUCACCGCCCCCCCAUUAUCUGCACCUUACAGACUAGACGAGGGUUACUCGGACGAGACUAGAAGCCAGGUGGACAAGGAACUUGUGGACCUGCCCUCGGAUGAUGUGAUGCCUCUCCCCGAUUGGCUUCUAGCUAAUAGUGAAGAAGAUAGGGCUGAGAUUGCCUACAGUUUAUUACGCACACUACCCAGUUCUACCGUGGCCGCGGUUGUCGACCGCCUUGCGCCUGUGUUGCACAUGGAUCCCGUUGUCAAACUCCCCCCUGAGAUCACCUCCGAGAUCUUCUCCUACCUUGACCCUAAGACUCUCUUGAUAGCUUCAUUGGCAUCUCGCGCCUGGCGAGGCCGUAUAAUUGACUCAGGUCUGUGGCGAGGGAAGUACAUCGAUGAAGGUUGGCGUGUCGAUAUUGAUGCAAUCCGUUCGUUUGAGGAAAGGCAAUCCAAACUUUCAUCCCCUUGCCUUCGUAAAUCCCGCUUAAGAAACGCCGAUACAGACGAUGGAGAACCGAAGAAUAAGAAACGCGUACCCCCAAGCUGGCUAGACUCGCGGACGACAGGAUAUGUGGGUAGUUACAUAAUCGGGCGACAAGAUGGACAACAAACCUCUGCGGAGGCCGACACUGAGGGUGAUCAUCUCAUGAGCGAUGUCGCAAAUGACCAGAAUGGGUCGACUUCCCCUGGACACCAGUUAGGCUCGAACAGCAUUCGAGGUUCUCAAAUACACCUCUCUCGCACCACGCAUGGACCCACGUCAUCAUCAACUUUCUCGUCCCGAAAAUCAUCUAUCCUGCUACGGAUGCCUAACGGUGGUGCCAGAAUUAACUGGCUUCAUCUCUAUAAGCAACGCAGACGGUUGGAAGAGAAUUGGAAUAGAGGUCGCCUCACGAAAUUCCAGAUUCCCCACCCUGAGCACUUGGCUGAAUGCCACAAAGAAUGUAUUUAUUCAAUUCAAUUCUGGGGGAAUUGGCUGGUGAGUGGUAGUCGAGAUAGGACUGUCCGAGUUUGGAACAUAGAUACGCAGAGAUUGCGUUAUCGUCCUCUUGUGGGCCACUCCAAAUCCGUGCUCUGUCUCCAAUUUGAUCCCCGACCUUCUGAGGACAUUAUUAUGACUGGGAGCAGCGAUAAGAGCAUCAUCAUAUGGCGGUUUUCCACCGGUGAGAAACUAAAAGAGAUCGCACCAGCUCAUCAGGACUCUGUGUUAAAUCUCAGAUUUGAUGAGCGUUAUCUUGUCACAUGUUCCAAAGAUAAGCUGAUAAAGGUUUGGAAUCGGCGUGAGCUCAUACCCGGUGACAAGGACUAUCCUGUGAUCCAUCAUGGAUCCGGAGCUAUGUUUCCGGCGCACAUCGUUGAUAUAAGCGAGCUUCCUUCCCCUAUCACAGAAACAGAGCUAGCCAAGCGUCACAUCCGUAGCCUAGCUCCCUACUCUCUUUUGAUGACAAUCGCAGGGCACGGGGCUGCAGUUAAUGCUAUCCAGAUAAGCGAAGAUGAGAUUAUUUCUGCUUCAGGUGACCGUUUAAUCAAGAUCUGGAACAUCCGCAGUGGUCUCUGCAAGAAGACCCUUGUGGGCCACGAGAAAGGUAUCGCAUGCGUCCAGUUUGAUGGCCGGCGUAUAAUCAGCGGAAGCAAUGAUGACUCCGUUCGCAUCUUCGAUCACAGCUCGGGUGCGGAGGUUGCUUGUUUAUCUGGUCACGCUGAUUUAGUAAGAACUGUCCAAGCCGGGUUUGGCGACCCACCAGGAGCCGAAGAGGCUAUGAAGAUGGAAGCUCUGGCUGUUGACAACGAGUUCCUCGAUGCUCGGUGCUCUGACGAAGCUGUCGACUACGGUCCAAGAGCUCUCAGACGUGCUGGCCACCACCAAAACACGGCUGGUUCCAGAAAUCCAAAGGACAUCAAGGCUUUGGGUGCUCAUAUCCCACCGGGAGGAGGUGGAAGUAAAUGGGCUAGAAUUGUUUCUGGUUCGUAUGAUGAAUUAGUGCUUGUCUGGAAGAAGGACAGAGAUGGCGCCUGGGUCGUUGGUCAACCACUGUCUCAUGUGAAAACUUUGAAGCAAAUCAACGGAGAGGAUACUGAUGAUGAAGCUCCUCCGCCUCGUGGCUCACGAAACGCCUUUGCCCAGCAAGCUCAGCGAGUUCGACCUACCAACCCAGCUGCUGGCCCAGCAACAAAUAAUCCUUUCCCCCCUCAGCUUCAACAGCACCCACCAAUUGUGCAAGCUCCAGGAGCGGCACAUCACCAUCAUUAUCAUAACGCAGCGCGGAACCAGCAAGCCCGUGCAAAUAAUAACAAUAACAACGAUGGCAAUGGCAAUGGCAACAAUCCGCCAUCCUCCAGGGUCUUUAAGGUCCAAUUCGACGCGCGGAAAAUCGUCUGUGCCACCCAGGACCCAAGGAUAGUGGUAUGGGAUUUUGCGGACGACGACGAAGAGAUAAAAGAGGCUUCUCAGUUCUUUACAGGCCUUUAAUAAUCGCUUCUUUUUAUUGGACUUCUGCAUAUGCCGUUGCCGACAUGAUGUCGGUCUUAUGGCUUUUAUCCUCCAUUAUAUUCGCAUCCUUUCUCCUUCCACUAUUCUUGGUCUCUAUUUAGCCCAUUUGGAUAUUGUCGUCGAUGUUCUUUAUUUCAUGUGAAUAUUAGGGUCUACGAUCUCGACGGAAACCUUCUAAACUCGUCAUGAGCGUUAUAUAGAAUGUCCUUAAACUUAUUGUUUACUAUACAACGUCUAUCGUUUCCCGAGCAUUAAUGCAUCGAGGAGUAACGGAGUUGACGGGCUCAUGCCUUUGCAGUAUCAGAUAUGGAAAGUCGUAUGACUAGCCUUCAAGCCAUGGGUCCCUUAGUUAAGAAUAUAGUAAAAAGGCGUGGUGUAGAAGCCUCCCUUUUCUUUCAUCGAAUGAACAUUGUCAUCCAAAGCUCUCUAAAAGGUU